AUUUGGGGAUUGGGAAAAGUUCAAACAGAGACAGGGGAAACAGAAAGAGUUAAGGAAAGAAAAGAAGAGUUAGUAUACAGGAACCCGAGCAGUCCCUCAGGAAGAGAAGACUGUCUCUUGAGUGUAUUAUUGUCUGUGCUAGGAUGGCUGGAGUAUGGCGUAGCGUGUUGGCAGUGGCGGUGUUGAUGUGUGUGUGUCUGUGGGGCGCCACUGAAGCUGUAGGGGGGGCUAAGAGUCGACCGCGACCCCAGAGACGACCUCGCAAGAAACCAAAGGUUGACCCUAUCGACUUGACCCCGGCUGCACAGAACAUAGACAUACAACAGAUGACAGGAACAUGGUACCUGCUUAACACCGCCUCCAAAUGCUCUUACCUGAUGAAUCAUGGAACCAAGGUGGAGCCCACAGUCAUGACCCUCACACGUCCCUCUGCCUCUGACCAAACGCUGUCUGUUAGCACAAAAACACGACAUAAUCACCAGUGUUGGGAGAUAUUACAGGUCUACGAUCUAACGCCAACUCCAGGAAAGCUGACACUUAAAGGAGCUCGUCCUGAGCUGAACAUUGAGAUAGUGAUCGGCGAGACGGACUACACCUCCUAUGCGAUCAUGUAUUACCAGAAACGGGACAAGAUCACCAUGAAACUCUAUGGCAGGUCUACAGACAAUUUGUCAGAGCCAAUGCUGACCAAGUUUGAGCAGCUUGCUGAAAAACAGGGUUUGGGCCUUGCAUACCUCUUCCCCUUCCCCACAUACAGUCACUGUGGUGAUGUGGACCAGGACCAUGUCAUAAACUGUGUCCCCACAUGCUGAGGAGGCAGAGUUUUGCAACAGACACAUCCAUCCUUGCAGAGUUCCACAGUUCUUAUGCAAAUAUUAUAUAAUUUAAGUUGCUGAAAGACCAAGGUCUUAAAAUUGUAAAACUGUAAACAUUAUCCAUCACAGAUAAAUAAAACCAAAUGGAGCACAA